AUGAGACGCAGCAUCGCUGCGAAGCGAGAGGGGAGUCCCGCUCCGCAUUUCCUGUUCUUCGCGAGAAGCCAGUUGGGAGGAGGGUACCCAUCAAAAUCGGGGAUCGAUGAGAGGAAAGGCAGCCCUCGGGGACUAGAUAGAUCGCAGGGGUCGGGGAGCUACACGGAUGCUGACAGCCCACCCAGACUAAAAGUCGAAGGGGAGGAAGGCAGUACACCAGGAGCGGAGAGCCGAAGGGAGACACGUAGCUUGCCCGAACUCAGUCCAUAUGGGGAUAACAACACACCCAGAAGUGGAGGCGUCUGUAGAAUGGAAACCAGCACACCAAGGACUGGGGAAAAAAGUAACUCACUGGGAACCGACCUCUCUAAACUGAGGGGUGACAUCUCUGAAUUGAGAUAUAAUGAAAAGAAUGAUGAGACAUGUGAAAGGGAGGUAGAGAACAACUCACAGAAACUGAAUAUAAUAAUUCGGAUAGAAGACAAGAGGGAUGGAAGAGGAGCAGAGGACGAGGGGGACAGCAGCCCGGGACAGGAAAAGAGCUGGCAGAUACAAAAAGGGCAACAGAUGCAGGACGAGAAUCAAAUGGAUUGUGUAGUAAAGAUAGGAGGUGAAGAACAGGAAGGGGGAAAGAGGAAAGAGAAGAGAAAGAAUAGGGAAGACAUUGAGGCCCAGGAAGAGGAUCCCGGAGAAGGGACCAGUCACUCAUAUUAUACCAGAUCUGUGGCACGGGAGGAAGCAAAGCAAAGGGAGGAAGGGAACCAUACGAUAGCUCCUCUCCGACAACUUAUGCCAAUGGUGGGGGAGAGGACUAGAGUAAAGGUGCCGUUCUCGACAAGUGAUCUAAAUAAUUGGAGGGAUGAGGCAAAGAAUUUCAGGAGGAAUCCAGAGGGAGUAGCAAAGAGGUUUGAGUUAAUGGCAAAGAACCUAGAUAUUGACUGGGAGGAGAUAGAGGUGAUGUUGUCAGAGUUGACGGAUACAGAAAGGGAACUCGUAUUGGAAACAGGGAGAAGACACGCCCAAAUAUUAUCAGGGAGACUAGAAGAUAAUUUUCCCAUCAGUAAACCAGAGUGGGACCCGGGCAAUGCAGAGCACUAUCAGCGGUUAGUGCAGUAUAGGAAACUGAUAGCGAUGGGCUUGCGUAAUGCGAUCCCUAAGGCUAUCAAUUGGUCAAUGCUAUAUGACAUCAGACAGGGAAAAGAUGAGACCCCAUCGGAGUUCCUGGAUAGGCUUAGGGCAGCAAUGAGACAAUACACACCCCUGGACCCAGCAACAGAAGAAGGGAAACAGCACUUGCUAGGGUUAAUGAUGGGACAAAGUAACCCAGACAUCAGAAAGAAAUUACAAAAGCUUGAACAUCCAGCAAAUAAGAACCUAGAGACACUGCUGAAUGAGGCAUGGAAGGUAUACAAUAAUAGAGAAGUAGAGGAGAAGAAAAAGGAGGACAGGAGGAUAGCUCGAGUAGUGGCUGUAGCAGUGGCAGCUCAGAGGACAGGUCACUCGGAACCUGGAACUAGGGGAAGAGAAUUGGUACCUAAAAGUGAUGAAUUUGUACAAGUUGUGGGAGCAACAGGCCAACCAGAAAAGGCUUACUUUUUGAAACCUAUUAAAUACAAAAUUGGGAAACAAAUGGGAAUUCACCAGUUCCUGUAUUUACCAAAUUCGCCAAGACCCUUAUUGGGGAGAGACCUAUUGGAAAACUUGGGAGCCGUAAUAAAGUUCAAUAAAGACAAAUUGGAAUUUCAAGUAAAUGAGGAACAACUGAUUACAGCUUUAAGCCUAACAAUCAGUUGUGUGGAACCCAAACCUGAGAGUCACAAUUCCGAGCGAAUCCUGAGCGAGGCAUACCCAUUAGUUUGGGCUACUGAUAUACCGGGAAGGUCAAAACAAGCAGCACCGAUUGUUGUUGAACUUAAAGUUGGGGCAAAACCGGUAAAAAGAAAACAAUACCCUUUAAGGAUAGAAGACAGGAAGGGGAUUGAGCCCAUAAUCAAAAGGUUUUUGGAAUUAGGAUUAUUGGUAGAAUGCGAAUCGGAUUUUAACACACCAAUCCUGCCAGUAAAGAAACCUAGUGGGGCUUACAGACUAGUUCAGGAUCUGAGAGCAGUAAACGAAAUAACCAAGACAUUACAUCCAGUAGUUGCUAACCCAUACACACUUCUAACUAGACUAAAGGAUAAUUUGGCCUGGUUUACCGUAUUAGAUUUGAAAGACGCAUUCUUCUGCCUUCCCCUAGCCCCUGAGAGUCAAAAGAUCUUUGCUUUUGAGUGGGAGUCUGUAGAUAGAGGGAGAAAGACCCAGCUCACCUGGACGGUAUUACCCCAAGGAUGGGCCAAUUCCCCCACGAUUUUUGGGAACCAAUUAGCCAAAGAAUUAGAACAGUGGGAAAGGCCGCUGGGAGAUGGUACCCUUCUGCAGUACGUAGACGACCUCCUAAUAGCAACAGUGACAGAGGAAGAAUGCAUUGAAUGGACCAUUUCCUUGCUAAAUUUCCUGGGUUUAAGCGGAUAUCGAGUCUCUCAACAGAAAGCACAGCUGGUGCAAAAGGAAGUGGUGUACCUGGGAUACGAAGUCUCCAGAGGACAGCGAUCCCUGGGAGCAGCUAGGAAAGAGGCCAUCUGCCAGAUGCCUAGACCAGAGACGGUGAGAGAUCUGCGAGCCUUUCUGGGGAUGACAGGUUGGUGUCGGCUAUGGAUCUACCAGUACGGAAUACUCGCUAAACCAUUGUAUGACUUGUUGAAGGGAUCCAAGAAUGUCCUAGUGUGGACUCCCGAAGCAGAAGGGGCCUUCAAGAAGUUAAAGCUGGAACUAAUGAGAGCACCAGCCUUAGGUCUCCCAGAUGUAUCAAAACCAUUCUGGCUGUUCUCCCAUGAGCGACAAGGGAUGGCCUUAGGAGUCCUAGCACAGCAGUUGGGACCACAUAAGAGAGCUGUGGCCUACUUCUCCAAGCAGCUAGAUGAAGUAAGUAAAGGAUGGCCAGGCUGUCUGAGGGCAGUAGCCGCAGUGAUAAUUAACGUAGAAGAGGCCAGGAAGCUCACGUUGGGUCAAAAGAUGACUGUGCUGGUAUCUCACACUGUGUCGGCUGUGCUGGAACAGAAAGGCAAUCAUUGGUUGUCGCCCUCCAGAUUCCUAAAAUACCAGGCCAUCCUGGCUGAAUCAGAUGAUGUAACUAUUCAGGUAACUAACAUUGUGAACCCAGCUUCAUUUCUAGAAGGAAGAGCCCCAGCAGAAUCCAUUGAACACGACUGCCUGGAAACAAUUGAAGCCGUCUACUCCAGUCGUCCGGAUCUCAAAGAGGAGCCGUUCGAAGAUGCAGACAACUGGUUCUCGGAUGGCAGCAGCUUUGUGAAGCAGGGGGUAAGACUGGCUGGCUAUGCAAUUACUACCACAGAAGAAGUAAUUGAGUCAAACUCUUUGCCUGCGGGGACUUCAGCCCAAAAGGCAGAGCUGAUAGCUCUGACUCGAGCUUUGGAAUUGGCAGAGAACAUGCAAAUUAAUAUAUGGACUGACUCUAAAUAUGCCUUCUCCGUUGUGCAUGCCCAUGGGGCCAUCUGGAAAGAAAGAGGACUGCUGACUACGCAAGGGAAAACAGUCAAGCAUGCAGAGGAGAUUCUACGAUUGCUAAAGGCGGUCCAACUCCCAGCACAAGUGGCCAUAAUGCAUUGUAAGGGACACCUGAAAGGUAAUACUAUUCCAGAAAUAGGGAACAGGAAGGCAGAUACAGAAGCUAAAUUGGCUGCCACAAGGGCUAAGGAAGUGAAAGUAAUGGCCCUAAUACCAGGAGAACUGGAUACCAAUAUCCAGCCAGAUUACCAGGAAUCAGAUCAUAGAUGGAUUCAAAGGAAUAAGGGCAAAAUACUAGAAAAUGGUUGGGGUAGAUUGGAAACGGGACAGCUAGUAAUACCAGGAAACGUGAUGUGGCAGUUUGUAAAAGCAGAACAUGAAAAAGCCCACUGGGGCUUGGAUCCGCUCUAUCAGUACCUGCAAGCUAGGAUAGCAGGGCCAAAAUUAUUUACCACCAUAAAACAUGUCACAUCCCAGUGUGAGCGAUGCCUGAAGAACAACCCGAAUACAGGGACUAGGAUACACCAGGGAGCAAUAAAUCGAGAAUCUUUUAGGAAAACCCCUACAAGAGAAGUGGGAGGGACCCUUCCAAGUGCUGCUGACUACCUUCACCGCGGUUCGGAUCAAGGAGCGACCUGCGUGGAUCCAUUACUCACGGGUCAAGAAAGCUCCGGAGAACAAACAAGAGCAGACAUCAUGAUCCUGACUCCACCUCAAACCCUUACAACUUUGAUCAUUGGACUUUCGAUAAGUAUAGCUCUUCCCCAAGACUAUGCCCCAAUAGACCCAUGGUCUUAUGCACACCAGUGUAUCCACCCAGAGUUGGAAACGAAGGGACCCUAUUUCGAGGUUUAUGCUCUGCGUAACAAUCAGCCAUAUCCGAGUAAAGUAUGGGAUCAGUCCUCCAUGGUAGCAUACAAGGGAGACCAAAUCCAAAUUGGGUGUCGAGAACUUGACCCGGUAGAAGGGAGAACAAGGCGGCUAGUAUUAACAAUUAAACCCUUGAUGCUAGCCCUGAACAUAACUUAA